ACCCAUCAGGCUGCUGGCUCUGCUGUCACUGGGAGAGGUGGGACACCACGUAGACCUGAGCGGCCAACCGGAGCUCAAGACGGUCAUCCUGGACGCCUUCUCUUCCUCCUCCGAAGAGGUCAAGUCUGCCGCAUCCUACGCCCUGGGAUCCAUCGCCGUGGGCAACCUGCCGGAAUACCUGCCCUUCGUUCUGGGGGAGAUCUCGGGACAGCCCAAGAGGCAGUACCUGCUGCUACACUCACUCAAAGAGAUCAUCAGCUCGGCGUCUGUGACUGGUCUGAAACCCUACGUCGAGGGAGUAUGGACCCUGCUGUUGAAGCACUGUGAGUGUGCCGAGGAGGGCACCAGGAACGUGGUCGCAGAAUGUCUGGGGAAACUCACCCUCAUAGACCCAGAAAGCCACCUUGCCCAAGCUUAA